AUGCCGAGCCAGACUCGAGUCCAUAGCUCCAACCAAUAUGGCCGUGGGCUGUGGCGUGGGGGCGACCGGACCCAGAGACGAGGAGAGACGGAGACGUUCCCCGCCAAGCUCGCGGCCUCCCCUCCUUCAUUCCCGCGCCUUAACCUCUCCCCCACCACCACCGCCACCCUACCGCGCCAUUCUCCGCCCCCACCAUCCACGCCGCCGCCGGCCGAUGCCCCCGUCCACCACCUCCGCCACACCAUGUCGUUCCCUCUGCACACGCCGCCGAUCGUCAUGGAGGCCAAGCAUCACGAUGCCGGGGGCAAGAAGGCGUCCGUCGUCGCCGCCGCCAUGAGGGCCUCGGGACCCAAGGGCCGCAACGAAGCGUCGGGAAAGGCGGCCGUCGCCGUCGACGGCGACAAGAGCAGCCAACACGCGCUCAAGUGGGCCGCCGACCACGUCCUCGCCCGAUCCCAGUCCUUCUUCCUCCUCCACAUCCGCCGCAAGAACUCCUCCCUCAACCCCGCAGUUGGGAAGCAGUUCUCCACGUCGCACGUGCAGGAGGACGUUGCGGCUUCGCUUCUGGCUCAUAUGGAUCUCCAGACCAAAGAGAUGCUGCUGCCCUUUCAUUGCUUCUGCAGCAGAAGAGGGUUGCAAUGCAGGGAAGUCAUUCUUGAAGGAACAGAUGUGCCAAAAGCUAUUGUGGAUUUUGUUGUGCAACAUAAUGUCGACAAGAUUGUUCUGGGAUCAUCAUCCAGGAAUGCAUUCACUAGGACAAUUUGGAAAAUGGAUGUGGCUACAUCUGUUACUAAGUAUGCACCAAACUUCUGUUCAGUGUAUGUCAUAGCAAAAGGGAAGCUAUCUACUUUUAGGCCAGCCACUCAGGCAAUCGAAAAUGAUACAAGCAAAGAGGAUACAAAAUCUGAUGCACCUGGCAAUAAACUUUUAGCUGCAGAAAGUGAACCAGCACACAACUUCCCUGGUGAAGAUCCGCAUUCGUACAGGCUGAUGUCAACACACGCUGCUCUGCACAUUGGUACCCAUUUUGAUGAAUCAACAAAUCAGGGAAACCACAAAGCACUAGUUCGACAGAGAAGUGGCGAUUCAUAUCUUUCAAAAACAUCUUCAUGUCCAAGUGAAUUCAUAAGGGUUGUGAAUAAGCAAGGCAAUCAUUUGUCUCCAGAGUAUCCUGAGAACCGUAGAGAUACCUUGUUUUUACUAAAUAAGGACAAUGAACGUGCGUUCCAGGCUCCACAUGAAAAAUACCUGGGUAUGGAUGAUAAUGCACUUAGUCUUGAAUACAAUGCCUAUGGCCCUUUAAUCCCAGGUGGAGAAUGUGCUUCAUCAUCUUCUAAAUAUCAAGCAGAAUAUGGGGAAGGGGAUCCGAGGCGCUUCCAGAAAGACAAUGGCAAUAUGCUUCGGAACUACAAAGAGUUACCUCUUGGGACCGAAGAUGUGAUAGAAAACUCAUAUGCAGCUGUUGAACGAGAGUAUGAUCCUUCACUUGACAGACAAAGUGCUGAACCGAGUUCAGCAGUUCGUGGCCCAAAGCAUAAGCUGUUGACACUUGACACUUUGUCUUCCGAUCCUCAGCAUAGAGAAAGAAUCACAGAGGAAUUUAUGGAUCACAGUGCCGAGAAAGAUGUUCACUCAAUGAUGCGACGCUUACCUCCAAAAUUCUACUCACCUCGAAAUGAUAGAUAUGGAUCUGCUCCAGAGGAGAAACAUAUUCUUGAACUGAACUGUGCACCCUUGCCAAGGCCAAUCGAGACUAAAAGAAUGCUAGAGUGUCUCCCUACUAGAUUACAGUGCAGAUUGUACAACCCAAAUGAUAUUGCAAAUGCCACCGGUCAUUUCUCAGUUGACCUGAAGGUUGGGGAAGGAGGUUAUGGACCUGUCUAUAAAGCUACACUUGACAAUACCGUUGUUGCGGUCAAGAUUCUGCACUCCAAUGUAACUCAAGGACUGAAAGCGUUCCAACAGGAGAUUGAUCUGCUGAACAACCUUCGUCAUCCCAACAUGGUGCACCUGGUCGGUGCUUGUCCUGAGUAUGGUUGCCUGGUGUACGAGUACAUGCCGAACGGCAGCCUCGAGGACCGCCUCUACUGUCGUUCAGGCACUCCGCCGCUGUCGUGGCAGCUCCGUUUCAAGAUUGCAGUUGAGUUAGCCACCGGUCUGCUCUACCUACACAAGAUGAAGCCUGAAGCCUUUGUCCACCGAGACCUCAAGCCUGGGAACAUCCUCCUUGACAAAGAUUUUGUCUGCAAGAUUGCCGAUGUCGGUCUUGCACGCAUCAUCCCCAAAUCGAUGGAUGACACCAAGACACAGUACCGGAUGACUGACGCUGCGGGUACCUUCUGCUACAUUGAUCCUGAGUACCAGAAGACGGGACUGGUUAGCACAAAAUCGGACGUGUAUGCGCUCGGCAUCAUCUAUCUUCAGAUAAUCACAGCAAAGGACGCCAUGGGGCUCGCCUAUGCUGUAUCUGAUGCACUGGAAGAAGGGACCUUUCAUGAGGUCUUGGAUCCCAAAGUGACUGACUGGCCGGUGGAGGAGGCAAAAAAGUUCGCUGAGCUUGCACUGAAAUGCUGCGAGCUGCGGCGUAGAGACCGUCCAGAUCUGGAAUCUGUUGUGCUACCUGAGCUAAUCCGUCUGCAUGCACUAGCUGUGCCAUCUGAUGAUCCUUCCAUGGGCCAACCCCAUCAUCGUCCUUCAGCAAGCGAGAAGGAUUUGCCUUUGGGCGAUGGCUUGGCUGAGAUUCUUGCUGAAGGAAACGGGAAGGCAGCUUCAUUUUCAGCAUAG